CUGCUCUCUCCCUUAUCGCAGGCUGCGAUUGAGUCUUUUCACAAGUGCAUAGCUUUUCUCUGGUAGGAUCUCGUAAUACUCACCCAUACGAGUAUAUAUAGCUUAGUUGCGUUCCUUCUGGCAACAAUGUCGGAAACUGAGAAACCUGCCCAGGCCGCAGCAGCAGCAGCCGUUGCUGCUGCAGGCACUGCUGAUGUCCCCGCUGUUGAGAAGGCCCCCGAGACCACCCAGGACAAACAACAGUCGGCGACCGACAACAGCACCACCAAGGCUCCUCAGGAUGAAAAGAAUAAACAAACGGAAAAUCCCAGUACCGAUGCGCCACCAGCUGCUGCCACAGCUCCAACUGCGGACCCAAUUACCUCCGCCCAGCCACCCGAUGUGGAUGCGAUCGAAGCACAGAAAGACGGCCAAAAGAAGAACGGGGCGGGAUCCGAGAACAAACCUGACGAAACUCCUGUCGAUACGCGGCCCGAGUACUUGUCCAAGAACCCCGCCCUCAGCGAAUUUUUCGAAAAACUUGCCUCUAUCCUCAAGAAGGCUGACCACAACGAGAUGUGGGGCGUCACCCUCAAGGAUUCCGAUGACGUGCCAACCGUCAAUGUGUUGAUCAAGUUCCUCCGUGCCAAUGAGGGUAACGUCAAACUCGCAGAAGAGCAGCUCAGAAAGGCUCUGGAAUGGCGCAAGAAAAUGAACCCCUUAGCCCUUGCUGAACAGGCUACUUACAGCUCAAGCAAGUUUCAGGGACUCGGCUAUGUUGCGAAUUACAAAGACCAGAAUCAAGGAAAGGUCGUUUUCACCUGGAACAUUUACGGAUCUGUCAAAGAUGUCAAUCGUACCUUUGGCGAUGUUGAUGAAUUUAUCAAGUGGAGAGUUGCAUUGAUGGAGAUGGCUGUUAAAGACUUGAAGCUUAGCGAAGCCACAUCCGUGAUCGAUUACUCUGGCGAGGACCCUUACCAGAUGAUCCAGGUCCAUGACUACCAGAACGUCAGCUUCCUUCGUUUGAACCCUACGAUUAAGAGUGCCACCAAACAAACCAUCGACGUCUUUAGCACCGCGUAUCCAGAGCUCCUGAAGGAAAAAUUCUUCGUCAAUGUUCCUGCUCUCAUGGGUUGGGUCUUCACCGCGUUGAAGGUGUUCCUCAGCAAGAACACCAUCCGGAAGUUCCACCCUAUCACCAAUGGCGUGAAUCUUGCUCGUGAAUUUUCGUUUGCUGACGAGCUUCCCAAGUCGUACGGUGGCAAGGCGGAUGAGCUGGCAGAAAGUGCUCGAACUGUCACCUUGAGGGAGGAUACCCCUGAACCUCCUGCUCCGGAAUCCGCUCCUCCAGCCCAGGCCAACCCCCCUACUACCGAAACCAAUGGCUCUGCGAAAGAGGUAGCUAAGACUCCCGCUGAAGAUGCCAAGCAAGCGGAAGCUCCAGUCGCAGCCGAUGCCCCUGCGGCAAUUUCUGAACCUGAGAAACCUGCAGCCUCUUCAGCGAGUGAAACUCCUGCUGAAGUGGCCAAAUGAUCUUGGAGAUCUCCUUCACCUUGUUCAUCCCCCUUGUGACGUUGAACUUUUUUUUUCUCGUAAUUUUACUUUGUUUCAUUACUUGGUCGCAACGUGUCUAUAAUAAUACGUAGCUUCUGGUUUUGUUGGGUUUGACGAGCUGUUUUUCAACUGCUGAAAAAGACCUUGUAUCGAUGUUUGCGGAGAGCUGGUGCCUUUUUACUGUUCGACGAAAAAAAAGAAGUUGGCCUGAGGUUGUUUUUCUUUUCUUUUUUUUUUUCAAGUAACUUGAUAGCGUAUGGCCUGUUUCUUGAUACACCGAGGUGCUUGCUGUUGUCCAUUCCGUGAUUGUUCUGAAUCUGAGUAGGACGAGAGGGCUCUGCGGGCUUUUUAUUUGCUUUCCGUUUUUUAUCUUGAAGGUUCCCUCUCACCUGUUUCUUUACUACUGCCCUCCAUGAUACCAUUCAAAAUAACUUUUCCUUGUCCUCUUUAGUCUACUUGAUCAAACUUGUAUUUUUCAGGGUUUUUAUUCCAACUCAAAAGUUAAUUCAGUUUCUAUGCUGCUCUGAUACAACUC